GGACGGCGGAGGCCCGAGAAGGGGACCGGAUCGGGCGGGAGAAAGCGGAUCUUAGUGGACCGGCAUACAUACACACACGCACGCGGACCACCCUUUCGGACUGGGAUGCAGCGGGAGACCGGGCGGGGAGGGGGCCCGCAUGAUUCCUCACGAUCCGCAGGCUGUAAUGAUGGUGGUGAUGCACGGAGAGCAGAGCGGUGGAAUCCUGCAGAGCCUGACACACUGCACCACAAACCCGCAACCGAGCGUGAGACGCUGCUGCAGGGAUAACCACUCUUGCUUCUCUCCAUCAAAUCCUCACCAACAGAAAACCGGGUUUCCAAACCGAUGCUUGAGCCAAACAACCGGUUAACAGACUACCUCGCAGCUCCAUUCAUACCCCCUCCACCCUGUCUGCGGAAUGAGACGGGGGUUUGCAGUGGACGGAGAGACCAGCUUUGAACCAAGCCUGCUUUUUACUGCACCGGUUUGGAUGUGCAUGCACCGGUUGUUUUGAGCCGUGCAACGGACAAGAGAGGGAAAGAUGUUGGUGCGAUGCUACCGGGGCAAGCUGUCGGUGUGGGCCGCCCUGUGCGUGCUGGUGCUCUGCUGGUUUUACAUUUUCCCCGUGUACAGACUCCCACGCGAUAAAGAAAUAGUGGAGGAGGUGCUGAGGCAGGGGGAAAUAUGGCAGAAGAAUCAGACCGGCAUCGACUUGUACAGGAAGUUGUUGACAGACUGCUGCGAUCCACAGAGGAUGUUUGCAGUAACCAAGGAGAACUCACCAAUGGGCAAGGUGCUGUGGUACGAUGGCGAGUUUUACCACUCGCACACUGUCAACAACGAGACAUACCCACUCUUUGUGCAGGACAACCCUCUGCAGCUGCCCCUGAAGAAGUGUGCGGUGGUGGGCAACGGUGGCAUCCUCAGACACAGCAAAUGUGGACGGCACAUUGACCAGGCCGACUUCGUCAUGCGGUGCAACCUCCCGCCACUCUCAAAGGAAUAUGUGGAGGAUGUAGGAACCAGAACACAUCUGGUUACAGCCAACCCCAGCAUCAUCGAGAAGAGAUUUCAGAACCUUCUGUGGUCGAGAAAAGCCUUUGUGGACAGUAUGAAGGUCUACGGCUCCAGCUACAUCUACAUGCCAGCGUUCUCCAUGAAGCCCGGCACCGACCCAUCACUGCGGGCGUAUUACGCCCUGGCAGACACCUCCUCCAACCUCACCAUGCUGUUUGCUAACCCCGAAUUCCUGCGCACCGUGGGCAAAUUCUGGAAGGCCCGCAGCGUGCACGCCAAACGCCUCUCCACAGGGCUCUUCCUGAUCAGCCUGGCCCUCGGGCUGUGCGAGGAAGUGACGGCCUACGGCUUCUGGCCGUUCUCCGUCGGCCUGGACGAGCAGCCAGUCAGCCACCAUUACUAUGACAACAUACUGCCAUAUAAGUGGUUCCACGCCAUGCCAGAGGAGUUUGUCCAGCUUUGGCACCUCCACAAAAGCGGCACGCUGCGCAUGAGGGUGGGACACUGCCCCCCCCAGGAAGGAGGGAGUUAGAGUGCUUUUGGGAAGUGAUGUUGUGGUCAGUUCAAGCAGAAUAAGAUUUUUAGGUCGUGACUAAGCAGGAAGUUGUUGUCCUGACAUAAAUGGGUGCACAUGUUUCCUCUGAGGAACCUCGGCACUGCAUCUGUGUCCAUACACACUCCCGCUAAUCCCUAAUUAUCAUAAGAAUGUCCUCCACCCAGACCAGCAGCAUCAGGGACAGAGUAGACAUUGGCACACACACACACACACACAAAAACACACACAAAUACACAAACACACACACACACACAAAAUGUAAAAUAAUCAUACAUUCCCAAAAACCUGCCAUAUCUCUACCCCGUGUUUCUGAAACUGUGUGUUCACAGAUGUGUCUCUUUUUAUGGGAAGCCUCAGCUGGGACUAAUGAAGGUGAGAGUGUGUGGUUGUGGAUGUGUGGGGGAUGGGGGUUUUUUGUAUGCUGACUACUGUAUCUGACUGACAUAUGGGGCAGCUGGACCUAACCCCCCUCUGGGUCUUUGUUAAACAGAGACAGAAGGAAUGGAGGACCGGGGGGAAUAAUAAAACGCACUGAAAGACUGGCGAAAUGCGAGGAACAAGGGAGAGAUAAUGGUGUCUAGUACCUAGUAGCUUGAAUAGGGCUGAAAUUUUAUGGAGGAAAAAAAAGAGUGGCAGGGGGGAGAGUGAAAGCUGGCUGGUGUGUGUAUGAAAGGAUUUUUCUCUGCUUUCCUUCAACCAAGCGCUUGAUAGGCAUUCUCUGGUGCCAGACAGAGCUUUAGUUCAAAGCAGGAGCCAUUAGAAAUGGAGUCUUAAGUCCUAUAUUCCCUCGAAUGUUUAGCCAAGCUGCAUUUUAACCCUUCACCGAAAAGGGAAAACGAGCACACCACAGUGUAUCCAUAUUGUCUUUGUUUGCCAAAUGUGAUUUUUCAGGAUUAAUGUGAAUUCUUCUUUUGUCAGUGGCCACGAAGAGAAGAGAGGAAGCAUUAUCAACAUAUAUAAUGAGAUAUGAAAAAAAAAAAGAACAUCACACGGAGUUACCUUACCUUUCAUCUGGCGUCAUCACUGACUGUUUGGUAUGAUUCAAUCACAGGCAGGCUCCUUACAUUUAAAAAAGCCUAUCCCACUUCUUUAGAGGGGCUGCUAGAAGUCGCCUCUUGGUAACUGCUGUACUUGCCAAGUGCCAAGCCAAGGGAACAGUGGUCUCUUUGAUACAUGUUCUCGCACUGUCCUUGGGCUCUAUAAUGGCAAGACACUCAUAUAAAGAGAGGUAGUGACAGAAACAGACUUGAGGACUCGAUGUCACUAAGUGGCAUUUUAAUGGGGUGACUUUGUUUCUUUAGACACCAUAUAGAUUAAAUUGUGUUAAUGUUAGUUAAUGUGUUUUGUUUUUGGCAUCAGAGCACAGGAAGAACUGAGCCGCUGUCCUGUGUUCCUUUUUAUAAUUGUUUUUUUUUUUUUUGUUUUUUCUGUGCACAAGAAAAAAAUAACUCGCUCAUGAAGCCACCAUGACAGAUGUUUUUUUGUUUGGUUUUUUUGUACUUGCAGGCCUUGCAGAUGGACAACAAUGUACUUGAUUUAAUUUUUUUUUCUUUUUCGUAAAAAGAAAUGUUAUGUUACUUAAGCGUGAUAAAUGUGCCCGUGCCAUAUCGUCAGAAUCGCAACAAUGGAUGACUCUGCAUGGAAAGUGCAUGGAGUGUACCACAACCCUUCAAAAUGCUCCUCAGACUCGAGGUGCGGAACAUGUGGAUAGUUCGGUGCUUUAUGCUUUUAUCCACUCCUUGUCUGUUAAAACUGAAUAAGGUCCAGUGCCUUUGAGAUGUAUCAAGGCAAAAAGAAUCAUUCAAACGAGGGACAUUUCUAAUGCUGAUCAUGCUCUUACAUGUGUUUUGAUUUUCUUGGUUAAACUGUGGAUCAGUCACAGGACAAUAUGUGACGCAUUAAUGACCCCUGACGUCACAUAAAAUUUACUUAAAGUGAGCUACAUACAGCUGGACCAAGUUAAUGAGAUGAAACAAAAUUUAAUCAUUUCCAGUCCGACCGCACAUGUGGCUCCUGGAGACUGAGAACUGAACAUGAUGAACACUUAGACCAAUUUGUUUUACUUAUUGUGAUGUUUUCUUAUUUGCACCUUUAUAUUUUUUUUUUUCUCUCCUGCCCAGUAUUGUGAAUGAAUGAGUUGUGACACGGUGUGAAAUUUAAGUAAGCAUGAUGAUUUUUAAAUGUGUAUGUGUUUUGGUACACAGAUUUUUACCUAUACCCAUUAUGUUUGGCUUCAAACCUUCAUUCCAUCCUAUCUGACCGAUGGAAGACCCGCUCCAGAGCCGGGAUCUCUUAUCGAAAAGGAGAUGAAUCUGUGAUGUAAACGUUGGUCUUUUAGCGCUGCGACCAAUUCGUUUCCCGAUCUCCGAUCAUUCUUUAAAAGUAAACUUCUCUAAAGUCUAAACAAAGUCGAAACAAACUGCAGUUGUCACCAAAGGAAAAAAACAUCCGAGUGUUUGCAGCCGUGCUCUUCCUGCUUCAACCUGCACAGCUCACUUGUCACGUGUUGUGUGCAUCUUGUCAGUUCGAAGCACAAAGUCUUAACCAGUGACAUCAUACAUCAGGUUUCAGUUAUUGAUCUAGCGUGGAAGAACGUGUAAGAGCAAUAUCAUCACCAUCAGCAACAAGGGCAGCAUAUCAUCAGUUUUUUACAUUCCAAUCACAAGUUUCAUGUCGAGCAGUUGUAACAAGCCAACGUGUGCUCUACAGUGUCAUGAUCAUGCUUGUGUUUUCCAGUGUCGACUUGCUUGACACUUGGGGAAAUACACGUAUUGGCUUUCUUGCUAAUAAGCACACGAGAAAAUCAAUACUACUCUAAAAUGCACACGUUACAUUUCUCAUCUAACUCUUGGGUGGGAAAAAAAGUGAAUCAAUGCAUUUUCCCCAAAAUGUCGAACUAUUCCUUUAAUGCUGCCAGUGUUAGCAUGAGUUCCAUCAGGGGGGAAAAAAGUGUAAUGAAACAGAGCAAAAAUAGAACACACAAUGACGGUAUUGUCCAUUUCCUUCCCUGUCUCAGGCCAACUGGUCACAUUUAUCUAGCCACAGUAUGUGUGGCUGCAGGGUGACCAGUUGGUUGGAGUCUGGUCAUAGUAAGGUCACAUGUUUGAUCCCCCCAUAGCAGCCGUAUGAUGAGCCGCACGGAUCUUGAGCAAGACACUCCUAUUCCUACAUGAUUACAGUGUGAAACCCAGCCACUGUUUAUGUGUCUAUUAGUUCUGCAGCUGUAUCCCACCUCAUGAUGAUAACGUCUUCUACUGUUCGGUCCUAGUUGUUCAUGCUGAUGAUCUUAGUGCAGGUUUAACCCAGCAGAGAGUGUCAGAUGCAGAGAUGGUUUUGUGAGGACACGCUGUAUCACAAAUGACAUUACAAACUUAAUAUGAAGUGGGUCAAUUAGUAAAUGCAAAUACAUUUUGCCAUUUGUUUUAAUCUGACGAAACUACUGACUACUAAUGUUUAGGCAGAAAAACAAGUUAAAGCCUCUAUGUGUAGGAUUUCUAUACGAUUGUAGCGUAUUUUCCAAAUUAUCCUAGUGGCAUAUAUUGUCUAUAAGAAAUAAGACAGGCCAUUCAUCUCACUGUCCUUGGGUUGAGUCAUUGCUGUAUUUUUCAAUACUACCACUAGGGGCGCCAAAGUCAGCUAUAUUCAAAUUCUGCACAUAGUGGCUUUAAAAAACUGGAAUCAAAUCCCAGACAAAUAAUUAAAAAUCAAAUAUACUUCAUGUUAAACUAUACUAUAAUCUGAUUAAUUAUUGACACAAUUGUAGUUGUGGUGAUGCAAUACAUUAGGUUAAAAUAAGUACAAAUAAUCAUUUUUAAAAUUUUACAAUUUUUGCUCAACUUUCCUACAUAUUUAAAAUAUUUGAUGUUAUGCCAAGCUUGGUUAUUUUAAACAGCAGAUGUAAAUGUGCUUUAUUUGCCUUGACUGACUCAUUUUGUUACAAAAAGAAAAAAAACAUGUUGAAGGCACUGCUGUUUGUGCCGACCCAACCAUCACCUCCUCUGCUCAUUCAAAUCAUCUGAUGUGAGCGACCCUGCCUGAGCAUGUUACAAAAUACAUCAGAAAUGCAGUUCAACCAAUUGUAUGUGCCACCUGGAAUAAACUGUGAAGGAUGAAUAAGAAAAAAAAAACUGAUGAAAACAACCAUAUCCUUAUACAAGGCAACACUGGUGUCCAAUAAAAGAAGGAAAAUGAAAAAUGCUUGCAGCUGUGUGGUUUUCUUAAAGAUUGUUCUGGUGUUGGAGCAUUGCCAGGUGCUGCUGUUACAUGUGCUCAUUCUUAGGUGAUGUCUUGUUUCAUAGCCACAUA